CGGAGAGAGCGAGGAGGCUGCGUCGGGCUCCCGCUCUCCCAGCCAUUGCAGCGCCUUCGGCUCCCGAGACGCAGCGCCGGCCGACGGGCAGCCGCACGGCCACCGGGCGACGCGGGCCAGCGCGGCCGGAAAAUAAUCGAAAAUGGGGAAAGGUGAUCCUAAGAAGCCAAGAGGGAAAAUGUCUUCGUAUGCCUUCUUUGUGCAAACCUGCCGAGAGGAGCACAAGAAGAAACAUCCAGAUGCUGCAGUGAACUUCUCAGAGUUCUCAAAAAAGUGUUCAGAACGGUGGAAGACCAUGUCCGCUAAAGAAAAAGGAAAGUUCGAAGACAUGGCAAAGGCUGACAAGGUUCGUUAUGAAAGAGAAAUGAAAACCUACAUACCCCCUAAAGGAGAAACAAAAAAGAAGUUCAAGGAUCCCAAUGCACCGAAGAGGCCUCCUUCGGCUUUUUUCUUAUUCUGCUCUGAGUAUCGUCCAAAGAUCAAAGGAGAACACCCCGGCCUUUCCAUUGGAGACGUUGCCAAGAAGCUGGGAGAGAUGUGGAAUAACACCGCUGCCGAUGACAAGCAGCCCUACGAAAAGAAGGCCGCUAAGCUGAAGGAAAAAUACGAAAAGGAUAUUGCCGCAUACCGAGCUAAGGGAAAGCCUGAUGUAGGGAAAAAGGGAGUCGCCAAGGCCGAGAAGAGCAAGAAAAAGAAGGAAGAAGAAGAGGACGAGGACGACGACGAAGACGACGAGGAGGACGAGGAAGACGAGGACGAGGAUGACGAAGAUGAUGAUGAUGACGAAUAAGUCUGUUCUAGAGCAGUUUUUUUUCUUGUCUAUAAAGCAUUUAACCCCCCUGUACACAACUCACUCCUUUUAAAGAAAAAAAAAAUUGAAAUGUAAGGCUGUGUAAGAUUUGUUUUUAAACUGUACAGUGUCUUUUUUUGUAUAGUUAACACACUACCGAAUGUGUCUUUAGAUAGCCCUGUCCUUUAGUGGUGUUUUCAAUGGCCACUAACCUUGCCUGGUACAGUAUGGGGGUUGUAAAUUGGCAUGGAAAUUUAAAGCAGGUUCUUGUUGGUGCACAGCACAAAUUCGUUAUAUAUGGAGAUGUAGUUCAUUUUCAUCUUCAGUUGUCUCUGCAGCAUACAAAAUAAUUGUUGUUCUGUUAACUGAAUACCACUCUGUAAUUGCAAAAAAAAAAAAAAAGUUGCAGCUGUUUUGUUGACAUUCUGAAUGCUUCUAAGUAAAUACAAUUUUUUUUAUUAG